CUGGAUCGAGAAGAGCGUUUCGCACUUCGACCUACUCCAAAUUGAAUCCCUUAAUUCUGCGCCGCUCCUCUCUGAAUUUCACUUCUUCGCUAGCGUUUUGAUAACUGCCAAAGUUAGUCGGUUCAUCUUCGCCGGUGAAUUUGGGUCUCGUUAUUCAAUGGAGAAAGUUUCUUCUCCGGUGGCAAAGUAAAGAACUUUCGUUUAGGGAAUGAAUUGAGUUUGUGUGUUCUGAGAGGGAUGCGUGUUGCCUUGGUUCAUCGUUCAAAAAAUGGUUCUAUUGGGUGAAGUUGUAAGAGAUUUUGAAUAUGAGCAAUGGAGUUGGAGAAGGUGGAAGAAGUCAGAGCAGAGAAAAGAGAAAGCUUUUUCAAGGCAAUGAUUUUGCCUACGCUAUUGCAAGAAUGGCUGUGGCUCAGAUUUGCGAGAGUGUUGAGGUUAAUGUGUAUCCACAGACACGAGAGGGCGUUAGAUUUAGCUCUUUUCAAGAAUCUGCUCUUGAUAAGCUAACCAGUGUCGCGGUUCAGUAUAUCCAGAGCAUUGGGAAGACUGCUCAGUUUUAUGCUAACGUAGCUGGUAGAGUAGAGGGUAAUUCUCUGGACAUUGUUCAGGCUUUAGAGGAUUUGGGUGCUGGUGUUUCUGAAACUGACCGUUGUCUUGCUGAUUCCAGUGUAGUCAAGGAUGUUAUUCGUUAUACAGGUGAAGCGGAGGAGAUGCCGUUUGUUUAUGCUCUCCCUCGUUUCCCAGUUAAUAAAGAGAAAAGACCUGCUUCUAGUUUCUAUGAGGUUGGAGUAGAACCUCCAGAAGAACACAUCCCGGUUUGGCUUCCUGCAUUUCCGGGGACCAAAUCUUGUAAUCCAUCAGAGGAAGCUAAUGAAGGAGAAGUUGCGAGUAAAGAAAAUGGGCCAUCGUUACAGAGUAUACAACAUCCUUUCAAUGGUGGUGGUGGUAGCUCAGAAGUACUCAAGUCUCCAAAUGAUGUUAGAAAAUUAACAGAAGAAGUGGAAGGUAAUCCCUUUCUUACCGCACCUCUUCGAUUCGUGGAGAAGGGUGUGUUUUCUGUGUUCCACCCCCUGGAGCUUAGCAUCAACUACGUCCCUGAUAAGCAUAUUGGCAACAACCAUAGCAUCCCACUUCUUGAGGCAUCUACUCCAUCAGAUGAUACCAACAAGAAGAACGGGUUAGCUAAAUCCGAGGACGGAGAGAAAGAAGAUGGUGCAAGACCACAACAAACUUUGUUACGUUUCAAGAUUGGAACUCUGAAGAGACCUUCGUGUUUGGCAAUAAAGAGGAGCGUCCAGGAACAGGGGUGGUUUCAUGAAGGUGGAGGAGACAAGAGGGAGAAGAAGUCAGUCAUCGAAGAAAAUCGUCAAAGGAUUAACUUGGAAACUGUCGACUCAGAUGUAAAAUAGGUAAUAUGUCAUUUUAGAAUUUGUAGACAGAAUAGCUUUGCAUGUUGAGUUUAGUGAUCGUUGGGAAUUUAAUACGUUACUUUGUAGGGUGAGAAUUUGUUACUAAUUCAUAAUGAUGGAGAAAGAGAGGAUUUACUAGUUAAAAAUUGUUCUGAUUGACCAAUAAAUAUGCUCUUGGC